AUGUGCGCCGGCGAGGGCGUGGGCCGCGGGUUACUCGGGAACCUCGCGGCGUCGGCCCUGAGAAACUUGUUCCCCGACGGGAUCCUGCCCGGCGAGGCGGGGUACCCCGAGGUGGCGAACUGCGAGCUCCUCACCGGCGCGUCGUCCGUGGAGUUCUUGAUGAAGGUGCUGCGCGCGAUGACGGGCCUGGGCUCGUCGGAGCUCGACGAGAUGCUCUCGAGGACCGUCCCGAUGCGGAUUCGCAAGACCAUGGUCGACGCCCGCGAGACCCAGUUCGACCACAUCAUCGCCCUGUCGCUCCGCUACCCGGGCGCCCAGCUCUGCGGCGACGCGGCCAAGCUCGCGGCGCCCUGGCGCCUCGACGAGGACCCGGCGUGGGUCGCCGGCGCGCCGAACGGCGCGACGCGCCGCGUCUCGCGCAUGGAGGGCCUCCAGCUCCUCCUGCGCAAGGCGAACCUCGACAAGGGCGCGACCAUCUCGCGCGAGAUCGUGGACGACCUGCUCGACUACGACACCUGCUUCUACGCGCCGUCGGAGCUCGCGAAGCCCGACGUUCUCGACCGCACGUACCGCGCGGAGUCGGACAUCCUCAAGCGCGUCACGGCCUGGGGCAAGAAGCGCCACCAGCGCCUCGGCGGCUGGUACGGCAUCGGCGACCCGAACGCGCCGCGGCCGAGCGCGAUGUCGAAUGACUGCGGCACGGUCGCCGUGUCCACGGACGCCGUGGCGCUGAUCCUGCGCGGCGAGGCGUUCCGCGGGCUGCCCGGCGUCGAGGCGCAGAUCGCCGACCCCGUCGUGCGCACGCACGUCGACGGCCGGCUCCUGCGCCAGGCGCUGGGCUGCACGGGGGCGUCGCUCGCCCUGCAGCUCGCCGUCGCGAAGACGCACGUGAAAAACGUCGUCGAGCCGCUCGAGAAACGGGGCGUCCGCGUCGACGUGUUCCUCGUGGGCUCCGGCUGCCGCGGCGCGCCGGGCGUGGCCAACGGCACGGCCCGGACCUACUGGGACGCGCUCGCCGACGCCUACGGCGCGCGGCGCGUGAAGUACGCGCGCGACGCCUCGGGCCCCUUCGGGCCGCGCGAGACCGCGCGGGAAGGCGCGGAAGCCGCGCUCGCCGAGGCGCGGCGCGCGGGCCGCGGCUACCGGUCCGCCGUCGCCCUGCGCCUCGACGCGGCCGUCCUCGCGCCCGUCGCCGCGCCGGAGGACCCCAGCGCCGACGCCGCGCCCGUCGACUUUCUGUCGUUCGACGUCGAGGAGGCCGCGCGCGCGGGCGGCGACGCGGCGCUCGCGGUGCCCUGGCGCCACGCCUGCGCGCUCCGCGACGUCGCCGCGCUGCUGGAGACGCACCACCCGCGGACCUGCUGGCGCCGCGGCGGCCCCUGCGAGGCCGCGCUCGAGCGCGCGGGCGUCCCCGUGCGCCGGUCCUUCGCCUGCGACCCGGAAGGGCCGUCGGCCGGCGCGUUCUCGGAGCGCGGGUCGCCGCUGCUCGCCGCCUGGCUCCGGGGGGCGCCGAAGCGACGGGCGCCGCGCGCCUGCCCGGCGCCCGCGCGCGUCGCCGCGGCCAACGAGACCGCGACCUGCGCCGCGCUCAAGGACUACCACGGCGCGGUCGAGUGCGCGUCGCGGACCGCGCUCCGCGAGGUCUGCGCGCGGUUCCGCGCGACGGCGGCCCUGACCGUCGCCCUCGCGGACCGCGGCGUCCGGUCCGCGCUCCGCUGCCAACCCGACGCGAUCGCGCGCGGCCACCUCCGGUCGUUCGCCGCGCGGCAAAAGGUCGACCUGAGCGUCGGCGCGCAGCAGGCGCGGGAGACGGCGCUCAUCCGGUGCGACCCGAACGGCGCGGCGCGCAUCCUCGUGCUCCAGGAGGCGCGCGACCUGGACCGGGAUCUCUGGGCCAUGUACCGCCCCGUCCGCGAGACGCUCACGAGGGGCCUCGAGGCGCGCGCGGCCGCGUGCGGCUACACGGUCCGGGCCCUGUCGGGCUACCGCGCGGCGAAGAAGGAGCUGCGGCGCGGCGACACGGCCAUCUUCAUCGGCGUGCUCUGGCAGCCCUUCGCCGCGGACUGCGAGCGCCGCGACUACGCGUGCGUCCACUACGUCACGGAGCCCAAGGGCCGCGACGCGCACGACAAGUCGAAGCGGCCGCCGCCGGGCAUCCGCGAGCUGUGGACCUACACGCGCGCGCACGACUGGGCGAGGUACGCGCCGCCGGGCUACGCGCCGGUGGACGACAAGGUCGACGACCGCGUGCGCGCGUCCAGGGGCGUCGCCGUCGCGAGCUUCCUCUGGCUCGGCACGGCCUGGGGCAAGCCGCGGCGCGCGUGCUGGGACGCGCUCGCGACGAAGAACCCGAAGACGCGCGGCAAGGCGGAGAGCCGCCGCGACGUCUGGUCGCCGACGGCCUGGAAGCAGGUGGCGAAGCGCGUCGACGACACGGCGUUCCUCAACAUGCACAAGGCCGCCGGCGACGCGGACGCGCCGCUCGAGGCCGUGCGCCUCUCCGCGCUGCUGUCCCUGGGCGCCGUCGUCGUCUCCGAGCCGGCGCUCGCGGCGGACCGCGCCGAGUUCGCCGGCAUGCUCCUCGAGGAGGCCGACUUCUGCGACGGCCGCGGCUGGACGGAGGCCACGAAGGAGCGGCUCUUCGACGGCGGCGCCGCGGCGCUCGCGCGGUGGCGGCGGGAGGCGUACGCGGCCUACAAGGCCAAGUUCGACCCCGAGGCCAUCCUGCGGCGCGCGGGGGACGACGACGGCCACUACAACCGGGGCUCGAACCGGGACUACGGCGGCCACCGCGACUACGACCGACGGGGCGGCGGCGGCGGCGGCUACCGCAACGACCGGCGCCGCCGCUCCGGGGGAGGCGGCGGGGGCUACCGCAACGACCACCGCAACGACCGCGGCGGCGGCUACCGCAACACGAAGCGGCGGCGCACGGACUACGGCGGCGGCGGCGGCGGGCCGAAGCUGAACGCCGCGCCGGCCGUCGACAUGGGCGCGGCGUCGUCAAAGCUCGUGCAGCUCCUCGUCCGCGUCGCCGACGCGCGCGCGCGGAAGACGACGGACGCCGAGAUCCCCCUCGCGGACAACUUGGACGCCCUCGCCGGGGCCAUCGCCGACAAGGAGCUCGACGACGGCCGCCGCGUCGCGGGCCAGCUCGUGCUCGUCGCGCGCGCGUCGCCCCUCGGCGCCCGCGCCUUCGGCGCGCUCGCGGCCCUGCUCGCGGCGAAGCGCGAGGGCUGGGCGACGAUGGUCGCGGACGCCGCGGGCGAGGCCUUCAUGGCGGCGCUGACGUGCGACCCGCCGCGGCGCGUCGACGCGAAGCUGUGCCUGCUGCUCCUCGUCGAUUUAGCGGCGCGGGGCGUCGUGGAGACCGACGGCGACCGCGGCCUCGAGUCCCUGCUGCGGCGCCUCGCGGACGCCUUCGACGAGCCGCCGGCGUCGUCCGCGGCGCGCGACCGCGCGGACCUCUGCGCGGGCCUCGUCGCGGCCGCCGCGGCCGCGGGCGCGCCGGGCGGCUUCGUCCCCGCGCUCGAGCGCCACGUCGCGGCGCGGCGCGCGGCGUCCGCGCGGCUCCGGGCCCUGGACGCGCCGGCGACGUCGGCGCCCGUCGACUCGCUCGAGGCGCUGGUCUUCGGGCUCCGGGACUGCGCCGCGUGCCGCUUCGACGCCGUCGACGUCGCCGCGUUCGACGCGCCGAGCCCUCUCCCGGAGGUCGCGUGCGCGUUCACGGUGCCCGCCUGGGCGUCCUGCGCGUCCGGCGUGCUGCCGACGUUGCCCGUGGCCGAGGACGCCAUGGACGACGACGGCGGGCUCUCGGCGCUGGAGAAGGCCGUGCUCGCGGAGACGGCCGUCGACGUCGUCGCGUGCUUCCGCCCCGGCGCGCGCUGGGACGGCAUCGUCCUCGGCUCCAAGGCGGCGACGGCCCACCAGCUCGACGCCGUCGACGAGCUCCUGAGUGACGACGUCAAGGGCGCCCUGGGGCCCCAGGUCGCCGCCGUCGUCGCGGACGCUUUACUCGCCGUCGUCGCGGCGGGCGCGCCGGUCGACGCGGGCUUCGCGUCGACGGACGCGCCCGCGAAGCGGGGCCGCGCGGACCCGGGCCUCGACGCGCUCCACGCCGUGCUCGAGCUCUGCGCCCUGUCGCCGACGGGCUUCGCGCCCAAGUUCGCCAACGCCGUCGAGCUCUUCUUCCGGGAGCUCGACGACGUCGCGGCGCCGGCCGCGCGCCGCGUCGCGGAGUUCUUCGCCCACUUCCUGUCCAACACGAAGUUCGCCUGGCCCUACUGGGCCUACUGGGCCGCCGUCGCCGACGAGGACGGGUGCGACGCCCAGCGGCGUUUUGUGGCGUGUCUCCUCGAGCACUGCGUGCGCCUCACGUACGUCGACCGCGUGAAAUGCGCCGACGGCUUCCCCGAGGCGCUCCACGCGCUGCUCCCGGCGCUCCCCGAGGCGCGGGCGUUGGGGGAAGAAGAAACCGCGGCGCAACUCGCGCGCGACGCCGACGAGGCGGCGCUCGCGCGCGUCGUCGACCCGCCGGAGGACGCCGCGGGCGAGGCCCGCGAGCCGCGGCCCGCGGACGCGGCCUUAGCGGCGGCCUUCGACGCCCUGGGCGACGACGCGGCCAAGGCCGCGGCGGUCAUGCGGGGCGUCUUCGCGCGCGGCGCGGCGAGCUUCACGCACGCGCUCGCGCCGCUCGACGACGCGGAACUGUCGGCGGCGCUGCGGAACCUGGUCCGCGACGACGACGACUGCGAGGCCGCGGCGCUCGACGCCCUCGCGGACGUCUGGGCCGCGUCGGCGCAGCACGUGGCCCUGCUCGCCGACGCCCUCGUGCGCCGCGGCGUCGUCCGCUGCCGCGCCGUCGCCGCGUGGGUCCUCGACCCGCGCAACGAGUCGCCCUGGGCGGGGUCGAACGUCGGCGCGUCCUUCAAGCCCCACGAGCUCCUCCAGGUCGCCGUGGACCGGAGCCUGGACCUCCUGAGCGCCGCCGUCGCGUCGGCGGCGGCGCGCGGGGCCGACGCGGCGACGGACGGCGUCGUACGAGCGCAGCUCGACGAGGCGCGCGAGGUCGCGCUCGAGAUCUGCUCGCGCCUCGCGCGCGGCCUCUGCGACCGCGACGGCGACGACUCGGCCGACGCCGUUGCCUACCGCGACGCGGCCCUCGGGACGCUAUACGACCUCAGGGCCACCUACGAAAACGCGGCCGCGGGCGCGCUCCCGGGCAUCGCGCGGUCCGCGCCCGCGGCCGAGCUCCCCGACGUGCUCCAGGCGUCGGACCUCCGGGGCAAGCUCGACGUCCCCGCCCCCGCCGUCGCCGCCGCCGUCGACCGCGCGCUGGGGCUCAACUAA